ACCCCGUGCUGCAUGAGCUCCAUUUACGCGCUCCACUCCUAGCGGUGGUUUCGUGUUACUGAAUAAUACCCUACAGAGGCACAACCGACAGAUAGAGAGAGGAAAAAGCAGGGAGGGAGAAGAGAGGGAGAGGGAGAUGAGCAUCUUGUUCCAAUGAAACAUCAAGCAGUGUGACGAUGACAGCGAAAGGCAGACAUAAAGCGGUCCCCUUCCCCCUGGCCCACCGGCUCACCAUGAAGGAGGUGUUCGACGCUGAGGGCCGGCCGCGGGUGGACCUGCUCAAAGCUCACCUCACCAAGGAGGGCCGCCUGGAGGAGGCCGUGGCCCUGCGCAUCAUCAACGAGGGGGCCGCCAUCCUGCGCCAGGAGCGCACUAUGUUGGACAUUGAGGCGCCAGUCACGGUGUGUGGAGACAUCCACGGUCAGUUCUUCGACCUGAUGAAGCUGUUUGAAGUGGGAGGUUCACCUGCCAACACGCGCUACCUCUUCCUAGGGGACUAUGUGGACAGGGGCUACUUCAGCAUCGAGUGUGUGUUAUACCUGUGGUCACUGAAAAUCCUCUACCCAAAGACGCUCUUUCUUCUACGGGGGAACCAUGAAUGUAGACACCUGACAGAAUAUUUCACCUUCAAACAAGAAUGUAAGAUCAAGUACUCGGAGCAGGUGUACGACUCCUGCAUGGAGGCGUUUGAUUGCCUGCCCCUGGCAGCCCUGAUGAACCAGCAGUUCCUGUGUGUGCAUGGGGGGCUUUCACCAGAGAUCCACACGCUGGACGACAUCAAGAAGUUGGACCGGUUCAAGGAGCCUCCAGCGUUCGGGCCCAUGUGCGACCUGCUGUGGGCCGACCCCCUGGAAGACUUUGGUAACGAGAAGACCCAGGAGUACUUUGGCCACAACACAGUCAGAGGCUGCUCCUAUUUCUACAGUUACCCAGCAGUGUGCGAGUUCCUACAGACUAACAACCUGCUGUCAAUCAUCAGAGCGCAUGAAGCACAGGAUGCUGGGUAUCGUAUGUACAGGAAGAGUCAGACUACAGGUUUCCCCUCCCUCAUCACAAUCUUCUCUGCUCCAAACUACCUGGAUGUCUACAACAACAAAGCGGGCGGGCUAAAGUAUGAGAAACAACGUAAGAACAUCCGUCAGUUCAAUGCUUCCUACCCCUACUGGCUGCCCAAACUCAUGGACGUCUUCACCUGGGUCGCUGCUUUCGGGGGAGGGAAAGGUGACGGAGAUGCUGGUCAACGUCCUGAGUAUCUGCUCGGACGACGAGCUCAUGAACGACGGAGAGGAGAUCUUCGAUGCCAGUGCAGCAGCAGCCAGGAAAGAGGUGAUCAAAAACAAGAUACGAGCCAUUGGGAAGAUGGCUAAAAUGUUCUCUGUUCUACGGUGAGUUCUGGUUGUUCAUACUCUGGG